AUGGCCCUGGCGGCGGGGCCGUGGCCGGAGCCUCCUCUUCCUCCUCCUCCUCCACCUCCUCCUCCUCCUCCUCCCGGUGGCCCGGAGGCGGCGGGGAAGGCGGCGGGGGAUUGCCUGGUGUGCGGGGACAAGGCGAGCGGGAAGCACUACGGGCAAUUCACCUGCGAGGGCUGCAAAAGCUUCUUCAAACGCUCCGUACGGCGCAACCUCUCGUACAGCUGCCGGGGGGGCCGGGACUGCCCGGUGGAUCAGCACCACCGCAACCAGUGCCAGUACUGCCGGCUCCGCAAGUGCCUCCGCGUGGGAAUGCGGCGGGAAGCCGUGCAGCGAGGCCGGAUGGCUCACGCCCCCGGCAGCCCCGGCCAAUUCCCCCUGCUCCCCGGGGACCCCUACGGCGGUCACGGCUACUUAAGCGGUUUCAUCUCCUUGCUGCUCCGCGCCGAACCGUACCCCCCGUCCGGCUACGGCGCCCAGUGCCUUCAGCCCGGCGGCGCGGCGGGCAUCGAGAGCAUCUGCGAGCUGGCCGCGCGCCUCCUCUUCAGCGCCAUCGAAUGGGCCAAGGGCGUCCCCUUCUUCCCGGACUUGCAGCUUUCGGAUCAAGUGGCGUUGCUGCGGUUGGGUUGGAGCGAGCUUUUCGUGCUGAACGCGGCGCAGUCGGCGUUACCGUUGCACGCCGCCCCGUUGUUGGCCGCCGCGGGGCUUCACGCCGCUCCAAUGGCCGCCGACCGCGUGGUCGCCUUCAUGGACCACAUCCGCCUCUUCCAGGAGCAGGUGGAGAAGCUGAAGGUGCUGCGCGUCGACGCCGCCGAGUACGCCUGCCUCAAAGCCCUGGCGCUCUUCUCCCCCGACGCGGUGGGGCUGUCGGACCCGGGGCAGGUGGCCGGCCUGCAGGAGAAGUCGCAGUGCGCGCUGGAGGAGCACGUGCGGCGGCAGCACCCCAGCCAGCCCAGCCGCUUCGGGCGCCUGCUCCUGCGCCUGCCCGCCCUGCGCAGCGUCUCCGCCCCCGGCAUCCAGCAGCUCUUCUUCAGCCGCCUGGUCGGCAAGACCCCCAUCGAGACCCUCAUCCGCGACAUGCUGCUCGCUGGCGCCACCCUCAACUGGCCCUACGGCCCCAUGCAGUGACGCAACCCCCCCAAGAUGGGGACCCCCAAGGAGGGGACCCCGAGGAUGGAGACCCCCAAGGAUGGGGACGCCAAGGAUGGGGACACCAAGGAUGGGAUCCUAAGGAUGGAGACUCCCCAUGGUUGGGGAUCCCAAGGAGAGGGGACCUCAAGGAUGGGGAUACCAAGGAUGGGACCCCAAAGAUGGGACCUCAUGGUUGGGGACCCCAAGGAGAGGGGACCCAAAGGAGGGGACCCUGUGAAGGAGACCCCAAGGAUGAGGACCUCAAGGAUGGGGACACCAAGGAUGGGACCCCAAAGAUGGGACCUCAUGGUUGGGGACCCCAAGGAGAGGGGACCCGAAGGAGGGGACCCCGUGAAGGAGACCCCAAAGAUGAGGACCUCAAGGAUGGGGACAUCAAGGAUGGGACCCCAAAGAUGGGACCUCAUGGUUGGGGACCCCAAGGAGAGGGGACCUCAAGGAUGGGACCCCGUGGUUGGGUUCCACAAGGAUGGGGACAGCAAGUAUGGGAACACCAAGGAGGGGACCCCAAGGAUGGGAACCCAAAGAUGGGCACCCCAAGGAUGGGACCCCAAGAUUUGGGACCCCAAGGAUGGUGACCUGGGGACAGGGAUGCUGCUGGGGGGGGGAGAUUUUCCCCCCCUAUUUAAGCAGAUUUGGGGGGCACAGGGAGAGGGGACUAUUUAUAAAGAGAAAAUAAAAU